GCGUGUGUUGGGCGCGUACGUGCGUGCGACGGCGGCGCGUGUCAGAAAUUCCACGAAUCGGUCUCCGGCAUGAUAAACCGUCGGAGGGAGCGACGGAGAACGAACGAGUGCGAACGGUCGAGCGUGCGAGGCGAUCGGGAACGACGAUAUAUUGGAUACGCUGCGAGCGGCCCGCGUUUCCGACCGACUUACGUGGCACACGUCCGUUUUCGUUUUUUUUUUUUUUUACUUUUACGUUAUCCGUCGCGCUCAUCGAUAAUCGAUACCGUGCACCAUGGACCGUCCGCGUUUCGAAAAACAGCGUCUGCCGUCCGGCACCGGUUGCACCUGAUAUACGACUGCUACUACUAUUACUACUACUACGCGUCUACGUCCGAGUCGGUGCGCGACUGGAGCCAAACGAAAUCGACACCGUACGCUCGCCACCGGCCGGAACGAUGUCCGCUCGCUGCUGAUGUGCGGCGUCGACACCGCCAAGAUGGCCGAGACCAAAGCCCUCAUACUGGUCGGCGGUUACGGCACGCGCCUGCGUCCGCUGACGCUGAGCCGGCCCAAACCGUUGGUCGAGUUCGCCAACAAACCGAUGAUACUCCAUCAAAUCGAGGCUUUGGUCACCGUCGGAGUACGCGAGGUAAUACUGGCUGUUUCGUAUCGUGCUGAACAAAUGGAAAAAGAGAUGAGUGAUGAGGCCAAGAAACUAGGUGUUCGACUAGUUUUUUCACACGAAUCCGAACCGCUCGGUACAGCUGGUCCGUUAGCUUUAGCCAAACACCUGUUGGCCAAUGAACAAAACCAACCGUUUUUUGUUUUAAACUCGGAUAUUAUUUGUGAAUAUCCAUUUAAAGACUUGAUUGCGUUCCAUAAAUCGCAUGGUCGUGAAGGCACUAUUGUGGUGACCAAGGUCGAAGAGCCGUCAAAGUAUGGUGUGGUGAUGUAUGACGAAGAGACUGGUCGCAUUGAUAGUUUUAUUGAAAAACCCCAAGAGUUUGUGUCCAAUAAAAUCAAUGCUGGCAUGUAUAUUUUAAAUCCAUCCGUGUUAGAUAGGAUUAAAUUGGAGCCAAUGAGCAUUGAAAAGGAAGUGUUCCCAUUUAUGGCCAAAGACGGUCAAUUGUAUGCAUUUAAUUUGAAAGGAUUUUGGAUGGAUGUAGGACAACCAAAAGAUUUCCUUACUGGAAUGUGCAUGUAUUUGACAUCUUUAAGGACUCGUAUACCAUCCUUGCUAUACACUGCUGAUGGUGUUAUAGGUAAUGUUCUAAUAGACCCAACAGCAAAGAUUGGCGAAGGUUGUAGAAUUGGUCCGAAUGUUACUAUUGGUCCCAACGUAACCAUUGAAGAUGGAGCCUGCUUAAAAAGGUGCACUAUACUUGCAGGAGCUACGGUCAAAUCUCAUACGUGGUUAGACUCUUGUAUAAUUGGAUGGCGUUCCGUAGUUGGAUGUUGGGUGCGUAUGGAAAAUACCACAGUACUCGGUGAAGAUGUAAUAGUCAAAGAUGAACUGUACAUCAAUGGUGGACAGGUUCUACCACACAAAUCAAUCAGCUCUUCGGUACCCGAUCCUCAAAUUAUUAUGUGAUUAAUAUUUUUUUACUUGUAAAAUUGUCUUAUUACUAUUAUUUAUUUAUUUAUUUAUUAUUAUUUUUUA